AUGAGGAAGAAAACCAUUCCACAAAGGCCUCCUCGUGAAAAGAUCCUCAAACUCCCAUCAAAACCGAAGCCUUCUACUCGUUCAAGAGUUCAGACCUUCACUCCCUCACCUUCUCCUCCUACAUCUCCUCCUCGCACUGAUCCCAUGGUGCGGACCAAGACCACACCAAGGUAUCCUACCUCUGCCAAGCCAACACCACCACCAAAGGCAAUGCCUUCCAAACCAAGCUCCUCGAAACCAAGCUCAUCCAAGGGCAAGCGCCCUGCUGCUGAAGAAUCUAUUCCUGAGACAACAAAAUCUAAGCCAAGGAUGAAGACCCUGCCACUGAUGUUGAUGAAGAAGUUGAUUCGGAGGGAAAUGCUUCGGAUGCCUAGGAUGCUACAUGAAGCUGCUGCUAAUUGCUGUUUUAAGGCAAUUGAUGGUCCUGUUAUUGGAAAAGUUGUGACUUCUGGUAACAAUAAGUUCGUGAAAGGUGAUUUGGUUCUUGGAGUAUUCACUUGGGCUGAGUACUGUUUUAUGAAAGAAAGAACCAUAAUGAGAAAAUUAGAGCCCUCCGAAUUUCCACUCAGUUAUCAUCUUGGGGUUCUAGGUUUCUCCAGCCUUAGCGCUUGGGGGAAUGACAGCUUAUGUGGAUUUUUUGAAUUGUGCAAACCGGGAGAAAAGGUUUUUGUGUCAGCAGCUUGUGGAAGUAUUGGAAGUUUGGUUGGGCAAUAUGCAAAGCUUUUCGGUUGCUAUGUUGUUGGUUGUGUUGGAAGUCAAAACAAAGUUACAUUUCUUAAAGAUAAGCUAGGAUUUGAUGAUGCAUUCAAUUACAAAGAAGAAACACAUCAAAGUUCUACUCUUAGAAAGUAUUUUUCUGAGAGAAUUGAUAUAUAUUUUGACAAUGUUAGGGGCAAGAUGCUAGAAGCAGUGAUUGAUAAUAUGAACACAUUUAGUAGAGUGGUUGUUUGUGGAGCAACAUCGGAAUAUAUUGAUAUAAGAAAGAGAGCAUUAUUAGAUUUAGUGAAUGUUAUAUACAAGAGAAUCACCAUACAAGAAUUUUUAACUCCUGACCUUAUGAUUCACCACUUCCAAAAUUUUAUGAUAAAAACAUCAAAUUAUCUUCGACCUGGCGAAUUACAAGUGACUGAAGACAUCUUAUUGGGUAUGGAAAGCGUCCCUUCUGCUUUUGUAAGCCUCUUCAAUGGAAGUAAUAUUGGAAAGAAAAUUGUUAGGUUAGUAGAAGAGGAAGAAUGAA